UCGGGCGGCGAGUUCCGCGGUGAAAUGUCGCUGGGCUCCUAGCAGCAGCGGGCGUGAGCGCUUGGAUGGGAUGGCCGACGUGUACUCGCAAGGCAUGAUCAGCGUGCUCGAUGACCUCCGCCGUCGGAAGGUACUCACCGACGCCGAGGUGCUCUGCACCGAGGAUGGGGCCCGGUUUUCCGUGCACAGGGCACUGCUGCAUGCAGCGUGCCCGCUGUUUCGCGAGUCGCCGUCCGCCCUAGCCGCCGGCGUCACCGCUGUUGCUGCCACCGAGGAUGCCACGUCGUCGCCGUGUGCCGCCUACCCCGUGGACAACAUCCGCGGCCCCAUCAUGGCGGCUCUGCUGCAGUUCGUCUACACCAACAAAGUGGCCUUGAGCAGCGAAAAUGUGCUCGACAUGCUGCUUGCUGCGCAGAGGUUCCAGAUGGAUCGGAUCGUCCAAAAGUGCCACGAGUUCCUGUCCCGAGACAUCAGCGUAGCCAAUUGCAUUCGCAUUUUGGAGUUCGCCAGGGAGAACAAACACGCUUGUUUGGUGGACAUGGCCGUCACUUUCGUCUCCAGGAACUUCGUUGAGGUAUCCAAAAUGUGCCAGGAGUUCGUGCGUAUCUCGUUCGACGACUUGAAGGCCCUUCUCAGCUCGGACGAGCUAAAUCUGGCCGACGAAGGCAAGGCUUUCAGCGCCGUCAUCAAAUGGACCGAGGCUGACGUCGCGACGAGGCACCGGUUCUUACCAAGCCUUCUCAGCGCGAUAAGAUUCGGGCUCUGCAAGGUUUCCUUCCUGCAAGAAGAGGUGUUCUCCCAUCCGCUGCUCGAUGACGUGGACUGCCGCGCCGCGCUUGAGCCAGUCCAUGGUCUCCUGGACCAGCUGGAACUCCACGAGGGACCACGCCUCAUCAACCUGUCCCACCCGAUGCUGCGGCCGCGCAUCCCAAGGGACGUCCUGUUCGUGAUCGGAGGCUGGAGCAACGGGAGCGCGACGAACCUGGUGGAGUCGUACGACUGCAGGGCCAACCGGUGGCUCAUCUUUCCCAACGACAGGGACAUCAUGCCCCGGGCCUACCACGGUCUCGUCGCCCUCGACGGGCUCAUCUACAUGAUCGGCGGUUUCGACGGCUCGCAGUGCUUCAACUGCGUCCGUUGCUUUAACCCGUUCCUUCACCGAUGGACGGAACGAGCCUGCAUGCACGUGGCUCGCUGCUACGUCAGCGUGGCCGUCCUCGAAGGCAAAAUCUACGCGCUGGGUGGCUACGAUGGCGACAGACGCACCAACACGGCCGAACGCUACGACCCCAUCAUUAAUACGUGGACUCUCAUAGCCGAAAUGAACGACCAGCGGUCCGACGCUUGCGCCACCGUCGUCGACAAUAAGGUAUACAUCGUCGGGGGAUUCACGGGUCAGCAAGUGCUCAACACGGCAGAAUUUUACGACCCAAAGGUCAACGUCUGGACCUACAUCCGGGCCAUGACGGUUCCUCGCAGUGGAGUGCGUGUCAUCAACUACCAGGACACGGUUUACGUCCUCGGUGGCUUCAACGGCACUAACAGGCUUUCAACUGGAGAAAAGUACGAUUUCCUGAGGGACCGAUGGCUGGAACUGCCGAACAUGCACACGCCCAGAAGCAACUUCGCCGUCGCCGUGCUUGAUGACCUUCUCUUCGCCAUUGGAGGAUUCAACGGCACCACCACGGUCCCCUUCGUCGAGUGCUACGACGCCAAGCUCAAUUCCUGGCGUCGCGUCACGGACAUGAACAUUAACCGAAGCGCGCUGGGAGCCUGCGUCGCCAUCAACCUUCCCAACUCCAAGGAGUUCUCUGUUGUAGGCAAUUCGGAACGAGAUUCUUAAUAGUAUACUGGCACCGCCGGAAGAAAGCGACGAUAUAAAAUUGAUCUAUGUAUGUUUUAAUGAUUAUUCAUUCUGGCUAUCAAGAACCAAGAGUCACCUUGCGUCUUUAUAAAUCCUGGGAAGACCGAAUGAGACCUCGUAGAAAGGUUCCGAAUGUGUUACGGGACAACCUGGACUUGCUUUUUCUUAAAGCCGCCAAAGUACGCUUU